UCAAUCCCUAGCAGCACCGGAUAUCAGCCAAACACAGUUGUAGAGAGACGCCUACGACCAGAUCAUAAAUUGCACUGGGCUACUCAAGCAAGCUUUUCACAUACCAUGGCUGGCCUCUUGCUCCUUGUAUGCUUUGGUCUUCUCAUGUUGGGACUCGUCACGGCUGGUCGGGACGGGCCUCUACUCCAAGGCCGGAGCAUAGCUGAGUGUGACUCCAAUUGUGGUCAGUCCAAUCCAAUCCCUACUGCUAGCAACGCUUACCUAACUCGUCAUUGCUUGCUAGGCACGUGGUGCUGUCCUCCUGCCUAUCGCUGCGGAUAUGUGGAUAUGGCGGGUGGAUGGAGUUGCUUUGAGAACACAAGCUACUCACAAUCGGCAUCUACGGAGGCUCCAAGUACGGUAUCUAUCGAGAUUCCAACUACGGCCACGGCUCAUAAUGUAGCGUCUACUUCGCUACGACCUUCGGACGCACCUGUCUCAACUCAUCCCUCGUCGGCGAUUCUUAGCACCGCAACAGUGGCUAGCACCACGGCAUCCAACGAGACAACCUCCGAAACUAACGGAAGCCCUCGAUCUAACACGUUGUUAAGAUGGAAAUACUGUUGUAUUGCUGUUGCUAUAUUUGCUGGUCUCUGUUAA